AUCAUAGGGAGAGCCUUGCGCCCGGACUGGCAGGGAAAGCGGCUUUCCGCUUUCUCGCUAAAUGGAGCGUGAGGAAGCAGGUCUUCGUGACCUCGCGGGAAUUAGGCCGCGCUGGGCCGCGGGGCCUGCCGGGAACUCCCAGGCUGCACCGCGGCCCUUCCCGGGAUGCCCUGCGGCGGCGGAGCCGAAGCCCAAGGCCGAAUCGCAGCCAAAGGCGUUGGGGCCUCCUCGGACGUUCGCGUUGCCGGCCUGGCGCAAGCGCCGCCAUGAGCUUUCUUUGGCACAGUGUCGCCUCGAACUGGAGUGUCUUGGGCUCUGGCGUCGACAGUGUCCUGGACAUCCUAGUGCUGGUUUUGUACCUCCUGCUGGUCUUGGGCGUCGGGCUGAGGGCUCUAGUGUCAAGCGGUCGUGGGACAGUAGAAGACUUCUUCCUGACUGGCCGAAAGCUAGCAUGGUUGCCGCUAGGGGCUUCUCUUUUUGCCGCAAAUAUGGGCAGUGGCCGCUUAAUGAGCCUGGCUAGGAAAGGAGCCACGUCGGGGAUUGCUGUUGGGGCCUUUGAGUGGAAUGCUCCACUUUUUCUCUGUGUUCUUGGUUGGAUAUUUUCUCCUAUUUACAUUAAAGCUGGGGUGGUAACAAUGCCAGAAUAUCUGAGGAAGAGGUUUGGUGGCUACCGGAUCCAGUUCCUGCAUGCUAUUCUGUCCUUAUUCCUCUAUAUCUUCGGUGAUAUCUUGGUGGAGGUAUGCACUGGUGCCAUGUUCAUGAAGCUGAUUUGGGGGUUUGAUGUUUACCUGGUCACCACAGUCUUGCUGACAAUUACUGGCAUUUAUACCAUCACAGGUGGUUUUGCAGCUGUAGUUUACACUGAUACCUUACAUGCUGUCAUUAUAGUCCUGGGAUCAGUCUUGUUAAUGGGCUUUGCCUUUAAGGAAGUAGGAGGAUACCAGGAGCUACUGCAUAAGUACUUAGAUGCGAAGCCAAGGAUCACCCAGGAAGGAAACUGGACUGCCAAACCGGAAUGCUACAUCCCUCGCCUGGAUUCUUUCCAUAUUUUCCGAGAUCCCAUCACUGGAGAUCUCCCCUGGCCUGGAAUCGUCUUUGGUGUCUCCAUCCUCUCCUUGUCCUACUGGUGCACCAAUCAGAUUUUUGUCCAGCGGUGCCUAGCAGGAAAGAACAUGUCUCAUGUGAAAGGCGGCUGCCUCUUUUGUGGGUACCUGAAGUUGCUGCCCAUGUUCAGCAUAGUGAUGCCGGGAAUGAUCAGCCGCAUCUUGUACCCAGAUCAAGUGGCAUGUGUUGUACCUUCAGAAUGUAAGAAGCACUGUGGCACCAGAACUGACUGUAGCCCCAUCGCCUACCCAGUGCUGGUGGUAGAGCUGCUGCCCGAUGGUGUACGCGGCUUGAUGCUGUCCGCAAUAUCGGCCUCUCUCAUGUCCUCCUUGACCUCUAUUUUCAACUCUGCCAACACCCUGUUCACCAUGGACAUCUAUACCCGAAUACGGCCCACGGCCACUGAAAAGGAGCUCAUGGUGACAGGCAGAUUUUUUGUUAUAAUCUUACUUGUUGUCACCAUUGCCUGGGUCCCUGUUACGGAAACAGCACACAGUGAAGAACUCUUUGAAUACAUGCAAGCAGUUAUGAGUUACCUGACACCACCCAUUGCUGCCAUCUUCCUGCUCGCCGUCUUUUCCAAGAGAGUCACUGAGCAGGGUGCCUUCUGGGGGCUGACUGGGGGACUUCUGCUUGGCUUCUUUCGAAUGAUAUUGGAGUUUAUCUACGGAACCUGGAGCUGCCCAGCAAACAACAAGUGCCCUCUGAUCAUCUGCAGCCUGCACUACCUCUAUUUUGCCAUAAGCCUGUUCCUAGUCAGCCUUCUCACCAUGCUGGCGAUCUCCUUAUUCACAGACCCGAUUCCAGAUAAACACCUCUACCGGCUCUGUUGGAGUUUACGAAACAGCCAAGAGAAAAGGGUCGAUCUGGAUGCAGAGACACAAAGGAAGAGACCCGCACCCCAAGCACAGCCAGGUGAGAAGGAAGAUCCAGAGCCCGAGGCGCAGAGCUGCCUCUGGAAGGCCUGGGAUGUGUUCUGUGGCCUGGAGCCGCAGCCUGGCCCCAAACUGGCCCCCAAAGAGGCAGCCGUGGAGAAGAUGGAACGUGGCACCACAUCUGGAGGCAUAAAACACAGUGUCACAUCUGAAGGGACAGAACACAGUGCCACAUCUGAAGGGACAGAACACAGUGCCACAUCUGAAGGGACAGCACACAGUGCCAAGUGGGAAGGGACAAAGCGUUGUGACACAUCACAGACGCCCUUCUGGAGAAAAGUUGCCAAUAUCAGCGCAUUCUUCUUGAUAGCGAUCGUAAUCCUCUGCCACAUUUACUACUCCUAAAGCAGCUGGGCCCAGGGGCGUCUGGGAAGAGCAGACAGAACACAGCCGCCUCAGACUCCUCAUCACUAAAGGGGGAAGGCUUUCCUACCAGGAGACCCACAGAUACAGGACCAGGGAUUAAACUCGUGAAAACGCUCCCUCAGUGUCACACGUCAGGUGCCACCAGCUGCAGGACAUGCGUGCAGACAGGACAGAGUAAAGUCCUUUCAUGAUUGCAGAGACUAUGCAAAUGAGAACAUCUGUUCCUUUACAAAAUGAGUCAUUUUCUCCAAAUGGCUCUACUGCAUAAACACUGACUUUCACUUUAAAUUUAAUUUUGGCUUUUUAUCUCUAGAUAUAUUUGGGAUUUUUGCUUGUGUUUACUUUGAUGGCCCCAUUUCCUUCCAAUACCCAACCUCUGUUUGCUUUGUUCUCUCCUCCUUUUCAAAGGUAUGGCCCUGCUACAAAGCUGCCAUGUAGUGUAAGUGUCCCUGUGACACUGCGGUUCCCACCCACAGGGGCCUUGCCUGCUGGUGGUGACCUCACAGGCCGCUGGAGCCAAAGCUGCCCGUGGGUGGAAGCUUUGGCUCCUGCCUGGACCAGUGGUGGGGCUGA